UGUGAGUUUAGCCAUGGUGCUCAGCGUCCUCUCUCCGAGCCUUUCUCGCCUCGGCCUGUGGGCUUCGGUAGUGAUCCUGAUGGUAACUGUCCUCAAGCUCCUCAGCCUGCUGUUUCGGAGGCAGAAGCUGGCCAGGGCUGUGGACAGCUUCCCAGGGCCCCCCACGCACUGGCUUUUUGGUCAUGCCCUUGAGAUCCAGAAGUUAGGUGGCCUGGACACGGUGGUAAAGUGGACCCAACAGUUCCCCUAUGCCCAUCCACUCUGGCUUGGACAAUUUGUUGUUUUCCUGAACAUCUAUGAGCCUGACUAUGCUAAAGCUGUAUACAGCCGAGGGGACCCGAAGGCUGCGUAUGUUUAUGACUUCUUCCUCCAGUGGAUCGGAAAAGGCCUACUGGUUCUGGAAGGGCCAAAAUGGUUCCAGCACCGCAAGCUGCUCACCCCUGGCUUCCAUUAUGAUGUGCUGAAGCCCUAUGUGGCCAUAUUUGCUGAGUCCACACGUGUGAUGCUGGACAAGUGGGAGAAAAAGGCUCGUGAGAAUAAGAGCUUUGACAUCUUCAGUGACGUGGGCCACAUGGCACUGGAAACCCUCAUGAAGUGCACCUUUGGCAAAGGAGACAACGGCUUAGGCCACAGCGACAACAGCUACUACCUGGCAGUUAGUGACCUCACACUUCUGAUGCAGCAGCGCAUCGACUCCUUCCAGUACCAUAAUGACUUCAUUUACUGGCUCACGCCGCAUGGCCGCCGCUUCCUGAGGGCCUGCCAGAUAGCCCAUGACCAUACAGAUCAUGUCAUCAGGCAGCGGAAGGCAGCCCUGCAGGAUGAGAAAGAGCAGAAAAAGCUUCAGCAGCGGAGACACCUGGACUUCCUGGACAUUCUUCUGGGUGCCCGGGAUGAAAGUGGGAUCAAGUUGUCAGAUGCAGACCUCCGGGCUGAAGUGGACACCUUUAUGUUUGAAGGCCAUGACACCACCACUAGUGGCAUCUCUUGGUUUCUCUACUGCAUGGCCCUUUAUCCUAAGCACCAGCAGCUAUGUAGGGAGGAAGUCCGUGAGAUCCUAGGGGACCGGGACAGCUUCCAGUGGGAUGAUCUGGCCAAGAUGACCUACCUGACCAUGUGCAUCAAGGAGUGCUUUCGCCUCUACCCACCUGUACCCCAAGUGUAUCGCCAGCUCAGCAAGCCAGUAACCUUUGUGGAUGGCCGCUCUCUACCUGCAGGCAGCCUGAUCUCUCUGCACAUCUAUGCCCUCCAUAGGAACAGUGCUGUGUGGCCUGACCCAGAGGUACUGGGUCUCUGGUCCUGGAGGAACUGCAUUGGGCAGCAGUUUGCCAUGAACGAGUUGAAGGUGGUCACAGCCCUCUGUUUGCUGCGCUUUGAAUUCUCUCCGGAUCCCUCAAAGGUCCCCAUUAAGGUUCCCCAGCUGAUCUUGCGCUCCAAAAAUGGCAUCCACCUCUACCUGAAGCCACUGGGCCCUGGGUCUGGAAAAUAGGUNUUAGGAGAACAAGGCCUGGGCAGCACAGGCUGUGGCUUUUCCUGGGACNUUGCCCUCCUGGAUUGGAUAUAGAGUCAUUGUGGAUCCCUGCCUGUGGGGGGCUUGGGAGAUAAAAGCAUGUACAUGGAAAGUAUGCUGGAAGACCUUCUCUUGUAAACAUGUGUGUGGAAUGAUUCAAUGCCUGGACUCUAGAUCUCAUUCCUUCACUCCAUAAACAUUUGCUGAACAUUUGGCUGCCUUGAGAAUCUUCAUUUAUUUCUCAUAACUGCAUUUAUUUAACCAUCUCAGUGUGCAUUUGGGAUAUAAUAGACAGAAGGAAAAUUGCUUAAACUAAAUCUGUACAAAAUAAAUUAUACUUUGAAAAGCAAACA